AUGCAAAAAAAGUAAAAAUAAAUAAAUAUUAUCAAUAAAAAAUAAUUAAAGGACCUUGGACAUUAUAAGAAGAUUAAUUUCUUUUAAAAUUAGUAAACCAAUAUGGGCCUUAAAAAUGGAGUUUUAUAGCUUUUCAUUUAGAUGAAAGAAUCGGAAAAUAAUGCCGUGAAAGAUGGCAUAAUCAUUUAAAUCCAAAUAUAAAAAAAAGUGAAUGGAGCGAAUAUGAAGAAUGGAUUUUAUUUUUAUUUAAUUAAUCUAUGGGUAGUAAAUGGGCCGAAAUUGCGAAAUAUUUAAAAGGAAGAACAGACAAUUCUAUAAAAAAUCAUUGGAAUAGUUGCAUGA